UGAGAUUCUCUCCGCUGUCUGACAGAUUCCCUCUCCUCACUUCUCCUCCUCUUUCUUCUCUCCACCCCUCAGCACCGCAGAGGCCAGCUUUGGAUCAGCUCACACAGCUAAUCUAAAUAGUGUAGGAGCCAAAGCCUGCAGCUCUGACUUCAGGUCAGCGCUAGAGCAGUUUACGUGGAGAAAGUCUUCUUUUAGUCCAGUGAGGUUUUCAGGUUUGGAAGUCAUGGUGGAAAGCAUGGACCUGGAAAAACAACAGAAGCGUUACUGCAUCCGUGGUAAGCAUGUAAUCAUCAUCUGUGUAAUGGUGGUGGUGUGCUCCUUGGCUGUGGGCCUUGGGGUGGGCCUGUCCAGGUCAGACAACACCCCCUCCACGCCAGCCCCCCCAACAGAGCCCCCUCCGCCUAGCAGGGGGCCCUGCAUGCCUUCCACCGACUCCAGCGGCGACUGGAGUAAUUUCCGUCUGCCUGGCUAUGUGAACCCGGUCCACUAUAACCUGCACCUGGAGCCGGACCUCGGUGACGACACCUACAGCGGCACCGUGGACAUCCACAUGGAGGUCAGCAAACCCACCCGCCACCUGUGGCUCCACAUUAGGGAGACGUUUGUCAGCGCCAUGCCCAGGCUGAGGAUGCUGGACAGCCAAGGGGGGCAGAAGGAGGUGGCAGUGAAGAGCUGUUUUGAAUACAAACCUCAGCAGUACGUGGUGGUAGAGGCCUCACAGGAGCUGCCCGUCACCGGCCCGGGAGAGGUAUAUGAGCUCAGCCUGGACUUCCAGGGCUGGCUCAACGGCUCAGUGGUGGGAUUCUACAGGGUCAUCUACACCGAGGGUGGGGUCACCAAAAAGAUUGCUGCGACUGAUCAUGAGCCAACAGAUGCUCGCAAGUCCUUUCCCUGCUUUGAUGAACCAAACAAGAAGGCAACCUACAAAGUCUCCAUCACUCAUGAUGCUAGAUAUCGAGCUCUGUCCAACAUGCCACUAGAGGGCACCGAACAACUGCCUGGUAAUAAAAUGAAGUCCUCCUUCCAGAGGUCCAUUCCAAUGAGCACCUAUUUGGUAUGUUUUGCUGUGCACCAGUUUGACUAUGUGGAAAGAACUUCUGCCCGAGGAAUUCCUUUGAGAAUCUAUGCCCAGCCAAGUCAGCUAGGAACCGCAAUAUACGCAGCCAACACAACCAAGGUCAUCUUUGACUACUUUGAGGAUUAUUUCAACAUGACAUACUCCAUCAAAAAACUGGAUAAGAUAGCCAUCCCUGACUUUGGUACUGGUGCCAUGGAGAACUGGGGCCUCAUCACCUACCGGGAGACCAACCUGCUUUAUGAUGAGACACAGUCGUCCUCCUACAACAAGCAGCGAGUGGCCAGUGUAAUCGCCCACGAGCUGGUUCACCAGUGGUUUGGGAACAUUGUGACUAUGGACUGGUGGGAUGAUCUCUGGCUUAAUGAGGGCUUUGCCAGUUUCUUUGAGUAUAUCGGUGUGGAGAAGGCUGAGCCAGACUGGGGCAUGCGAGACAUCAUGAUCAUCAGUGAUGUGCUUCCUGUCAUGGUGGACGACGCCCUCCUCUCCUCUCACCCCAUCAUCGUGAAUGUGUCGACCCCGGCAGAGAUCACCUCUGUGUUUGAUGCCAUCUCGUACAGCAAGGGAGCGUCCAUUCUCAGGAUGCUGGAGGACUGGAUGGGUAAAGACAAGUUCAGGGAUGGCUGUCGAAAAUAUCUGAAAGACUACUACUUCAAGAACGCCAAGACAGCCAACUUCUGGGCAUCACUUGCUGAAGUGAGUGGGUUGCCGGUUGCGGACGUAAUGGAUACAUGGACCAAACAGAUGGGUUAUCCUGUGCUGGAUUUGUCUGUCUCAGCUUCGAAUGCAGAGCUGAGACAAAAGCGUUUCCUCCUGGACCCUAACGCUGAUGCUAGCCAGCCUCCUACACCUCUUGGCUACAAGUGGACAAUUCCCAUCAAAUGGCACUCUGUGAAUAGCAACAAGAACGAGUUGACAAUGUUUGACAAGAGCAGCCCAGUGCAGGUCAUCACUAACUACUCGUCCUCGGCGGACGGGCUGCUGAAGGUGAACAAUGAUCACAUUGGAUUCUACAGAGUCAACCAUGACAACCACAUGUGGAACGCCAUCAGUCAACAGCUUCGGACAAACCACUUGGAGUUUGAUGCAGCUGAUCGAUCAAGCUACAUUGACGACGUUUUUGCUCUUGCAAGGGCAGACAUUAUAGAUUAUGGCUACGCCUUCAACCUUACCAUGUACCUGACAAAUGAGACCGACUACAUAGUCUGGGACCGCGUGGCCUCCUCUAUCGCCUAUGUUCGGAACAUGCUCUCAGGCGAUGAUGCACUCUACCCAGAGUUCCAGAAACUGUUUCGAAACCAUGUUCAAGCAAUCUCAGCACAACUUGGAUGGACUGAUGAAGGGACACAAACACAGAGGUUACUGAGGGAGACUGUGCUCAGCAUCGCUUGUCAGAUGGGAAACCAGGAGGCUCUGGAUGAAGCUUCUCGCAUUUUUGACCAGUGGAUUGCUGGAAGCACCGUAGCAGUGAACCUGAGGCUGUUGGUCUAUCGAUACGGCAUGAAGAACUCAGGCACAGAAGAAAAGUGGAACAUAAUGUUCCAGAGGUACAAAGACUCUUCUUUGGCUCAAGAGAAGGACAAGCUGCUGUACGGACUAGCAUCUGUGGAGAACGUGACCCUCCUCUACAAGCUCCUGGAGGCUACUAAAGAUGAGAGUGUGGUGAGGAGUCAGGAUCUGUUCACUGUGGUGCGAUAUGUGUCCUACAACCCUGUGGGGCAGAGCAUGGCCUGGGACUGGACCACUCUCAACUGGGACUACCUGGUCAACAGGUACACCAUCAAUGACAGGAACCUUGGUCGCCUGCUGAACCGAAUCACCACCACCUACAACACAGAGCUCCAGCUGUGGAAGAUGGAGCAUUUCUUCAGUCAAACACCGGAUGCUGGUGCUGGGGAGAUGCCCCGGCAGCAGGCGCUGGAGACAGUGAGGAACAACAUUGAAUGGAUCCGGAGGAAUAACGAAGAGAUCAAACAGUGGCUGGGUAACAACGUCCCUUAAAACCAGCAUCACUGCGACACACUGCAGGAAUACAGGCAGAACCAGAACAUCCACAGUCCCAUAGACACUGUACAUAUGGCCUUUUUCCCUGUCAGCGCUAUAGAGUGCGGUUGGGUUAGGGCCAAAGCAGGGGGCUGCUGAUCUGAAUCAACAGUGGAAAACAGAAAAUCAAAACAAAUGCCCACAUUCUCAGAAUGCUAAUAACCUGAUCUUCUGAGUGAAAGCCCCAUUUUGCCAAUUAAUCCACAAAAAUCUGUAUCGUGUUGUUUGGGGCUUUAAAAAGUAUCCAAAUCAGUAAUGUAGAAAUUUUCUAGCGCUGCCUGGAAUUAAUGAACACAAUAAGACAGUUAGACAUGGGUUAUAAACGAAUAGAGUUCCUUUCUAAUUCAACACGUUCUCACUACCAAAUCUUCAAAUACUGCUGCUGUCAGUGGCCCUCUGCUUCAAAAUAUGAUGCUGUACAGUAGGUAUCCCUCUGGCGUCAUUUUUGGACGCGCACGCCAUCACACAGAGCUUGGAGGAGGUGUGGUCGAUGGUCUACCAAGCGAGCCACCAGGGUGCCCGGUGUAACUUUUUUCAAAUCUUAACAAAGUAGUUUUUGUGUCCAAACCUAACCAAACUACCAAAUGACAUAAGAGUGGAACCCACAGCGAGUUGGGAAUAAGGAUGUGUUGUCUAUUUAAUGCAAAUGAACUCUAAAAGUUAUUUAUGUAUAUUAUAUUAUGUGUGUAUAUUUAUAUACAUAUACACUCCACUGUGACCUUGCAGUUCAACCUUGCCAUUGUUCUCUAUCAUGCAGGUAGAAAAGCAUCAGCUGCCCAUUUUUCUUUCACUGAUUCUCUUCCUUGUACUGUAAACAUUUUUAUUACAAAUUAUUCAAUAUAUAUUUGUAAAAUUUAACUUAUAAAGGGAAUCUGAAUUAUUUUGUUUUCAACUAGUCACAAAUGCAAAUGAAUUUGAAUUAAAAUGACUUUGAAUCUU